AUCGACAAGACGUGAAUUUAAGUAGUGGUUCUGAAUUUUGCUUACUGUUUGAUUUGAGUCGAGUCGAGUUCGCUUUACGGUACAUAAUAAUCAUGUCUACUGUCCUUGUACCCGAAAUUCCUGCUCCAGGAUUUUCUUUUGAUCUCUGUCAACGGAACAAGUUUUUAUUAAAGAAAGGAUUUAAGGCUCCGUCUGCUGUUAAGACAGGUACUACUAUUGCAGGAGUUGUUUUCAAAGAUGGAGUUGUUCUUGGAGGUGAUACACGUGCCACCGAAGAUUCUAUUGUGGCAGAUAAAAAUUCUAGAAAAAUUCACUACCUUGCUCAGAACAUGUACUGUUGCGGAGCAGGAACUGCAGCAGAUAACGAGAUGACCUGUCAGAUGAUUGCUAGUCAAUUGGAAUUACAUCGUUUAAAUACUGGUCGUAUUGUACCUGUUUGCACUGCUAAUUCAAUGUUCAAGCAAUUUUUGUUUCGGCAUCAAGGUCACAUUGGUGUAGCUUUGGUGUUAGGUGGUGUUGAUUUAGAUGGUCCACAUUUAUAUGCUAUUUUUCCUCAUGGAUCAAGCGAAAAAUAUAUGUUCACCAGUAUGGGUUCGGGAUCGUUAGCUGCAAUGGCUACACUUGAAAGUAGAUGGAAGCCUGACUUGACGGAGGAAGAAGCCAAACUAUUGGUAGCAGAUGCUAUUCGUGCGGGUGUUUUCAAUGACUUGGCAUCUGGCUCAAACGUAGACUUGUGCGUUAUACGCAAAGGAUCUGUCGAUUAUCUGCGACCUUAUGAUGUUGCUAACGUAAAAGGAGAACGUCAAGCGUCUUAUAGAUAUAAAAAGGGAACUACUGCGGUUCUUUCUAAAACCGUGCGUCCUAUAAUCAUAGAAGAAGAAUCGGUUCGCGUAGUGGAAGCCGAACCAAUGGAUACUUCUUCUUGAAGAUAGAGUCUGCUCUUAAUUUAAUAUUAAGUUGAUAAAAUUUGUGAAUUUUCCUUAAUAAAAUCUUGCAUAUAUAUAUAAUAUA